GAUCCCGAGGUACUAGGGUCGAAACCUGAACGAGAUAUGCGCCUGCAAUAUGUUUAUGAUCGUAUCGGGUAUCUUCACGGAUAGUGUUAUAUGAUAGUACACACAUACUAAAAAUGAAGUGCAAGACUGAUGAAACCACAAACCAGAAUACGAGGACGUCGCUUGCGUUGAUAGCAGUCGGGUUCACAUUACUCGUCCUACCUACAGUAUCGGUGUUAUUGGACCCUCAAUACAGAAUGAUGAUAUAUAUGACGAGAAUAGCAGUGGGAUCUAAGUUCUAUAAAAUCUUUACACGUGAAAAUGCGGGUACCCUGUUACAAGUUUAUGUGUUUAACGUCACCAACGCCGAAGCGUUCCUUUCAGGCGAGGACCACAAACUACGAGUAGAGGAAGUUGGCCCUUUUACUUACCAAGAAUACCAAAAGAAUGAUAAGUUCGAGGUCGACGAAGAAGCUGGUGUAAUGAGGUACAUACCACAUACCAGAACAGAGUUCCGACGUGAGCAAUCCAUUGGCGACCCAGAACGGGUCAAUAUCACCGUCCCCAACUCUGCAAUGUUGGCAGUAUCAUCAAUGCUCAGUUCUUACCCAUUCUGGACCAAAACCGGGUUCACUGUGCUAGCGGACCGCCUGCAAUCAAAGCCCAUAAUAGACAUCAAUGUCCACAGCCUCCUGUGGGGCUACGAAGAGCCUUUGAUAGCGUUAUCUAAUACUCUGAUGCCGGGUUGGAUAACUUUCAGCAAAAUGGGCAUUUUGGAUCGACUGUACGAUCAAUCAUCUGUACCUACGAUGGAGGUGAGCACCGCUCCUCAGGACAAGUUCAAGGUGAAGAAAAUCAAUGGCAGUCCUGGUUUGAAUGUCUGGGGCUACGAUAAUCCAAGCAAGCGCACGCGAUGCAACACGUUGGUAGAUACGUAUGAAGGGUACGCAUAUGCGCCAAGAUUGACCCGCGACGACUCGAUCAGAUUGUAUCGAAGUUCGUUCUGCAGGAUGUUAGACCUUAACUACAUCGGCACUACGGCCACGGAGAUCACAUCCGAAGCCUUCGUCUAUCAAAUCAGUAAUAAAAGUUAUUCUAUCGAUCCUAGUACGGAAUGUCUUUGUGGAAAAAUAAAUGAAUGCAUCGACGGAAUUUCUGAUAUAUCGCCGUGUCUAUAUGAUCUAACUAUCGCUUUAUCUAAUGGCCACUUCUUGUAUGCAAAUCCCAAAGUAUAUGAACGUAUUGAGGGCAUCCGGCCUGAUGAGAAAGAACAUGGAAGUGAAUUUAUAAUAGAACCGAAAGUGGGAGCAGUUCUUAGUGGAAGAUUUACUAUACAAGUAAAUGUAAUUGUUAAAGACGUCAACUACUACUAUCGAGUUCGUCCAUUUUCAGAGAUGGUCGUGCCUCUCGCUUACUUUAAAAUAGUGCAGCCUCAGUUAGCAGAAGAAGACAAGAACGAUAUAAAAAUGUCCAACUAUCUCCUACCAUACGUAAUUCAUGGCGUGGAAGUUCUGCUAUUUAUAACAGGCUUGACAAUAUUGGUAUACGCUCUCCGUCAGAUGUACCUGCAGUGGAAUUGUUCUGCUUACCACAAAAAUAAUGAGAAGCAUAAUGGUAAACUACACGAUUCACGAGAAGUCAAAUUUUGAGAUAAAGAAAAGCCACCUGGAGAUAGUCAUCAAGUUAGUUAACUAACAUUAUUGUGGUUCUGAGUGGAGGCAUUAUAUUAUAGUUGUAAUUUUCGAGUAUAUGAUCGGUUAUAUAGUAUCCGAUGACGAUUUUGUACACAAGCUCACCAGUCAAUCCGUCAGUUGGUACUUUAAAUAUUCU